AUGCAUGCUGAUAGAAGAUCGCGAACCUUUGAGCUAGGUGUUGAAGAAAUGCUUAUGUUUGCAUUAGAGAAUGGUUGUGAUGUUAAUAGAUUAUGUUGUCCUUGUAUGAACUGUGCGCACAGCAAACAUUGGAAGGCUAGUGUAGUCAAAGAUCAUUUAGUGGAGUUUGGGAUUGAUAAAACUUAUACAAAAUGGAUAUGGCAUGGGGAAAAAUCAGAAAGUGAAUGGCAUUCUGAAACUGUAGAGAAGGAACAGAAUGACAUAGGUAUAGGGGGGUCUGAUGAUGAAGAGUUUUCAGAAGACUCUAAUGAGUUUUUAAGGUUUGUCGAAGAUGGUGAUAAACCUCUUUACCCUGGUUGUACCCGUUUUACCAAGUUGAAUGGACUUGUUAAAACUUAUAAUCUGAAAGCAAAGCAUGGGUUGAGUGAUGCUUGCUAUUCAGACAUGUUAAUACUGAUUGGAAUCUUGCUUCCAGAAGGUAAUGAAGUACCAGGUUCUUUUUAUGAGGCCAAAAAGACGUUGUGUGCGUUAGGGAUGGAUUACCAAAAGAUACAUGCAUGCCCUAAUGACUGCAUAUUAUAUAGGGAUAAUCAUAUGGAUGCGGCAAGCUGCCCUAUUUGUGGUAUAUCUAGGUGGAAGAAGGGAAAGAAUAAUGUAGAGAAAGUAGGGGUUCCAGGUAAGGUGUUGUGGUAUUUUCCACCUAUAUCUAGGUUUCGGAAGAUGUUUCAGUCGACACAAACAGCUAAAGCUUUGACUUGGCAUGCUGAUGAGCGAGUGAAGGAUGAUAAAAUGAGGCAUCCGGCUGAUUCCCCUAGUUGGAAGUUAGUGGAUGAUAAGUGGCUUGCUUUUAGGUCAGAGCCUAGGAAUCUAAGGCUAGCGCUAUCCUCUGACGGUUUCAAUCCCCACAGUUCUCUUUCUAGUAGAUACUCUUGCUGGCCUGUCAUAUUAGUGAGCUACAAUCUUCCUCCAUGGCUUUGCAUGAAGAGGAAGUAUAUGAUGCUCACUUUGUUAAUCUCGGGACCUAAACAACCUGGAAAUGAUAUUGAUGUCUACCUCCAGCCAUUGAUAGAUGAUUUGAAGAUUUUGUGGGAUGGGGUUGAAGAGGUAUAUGACUGUUAUAGGAAAGAGUACUUUAAACUGAGAGCAGUACUCUUCUGGACGAUCAAUGACUUCCCUGCUUAUGGGAACCUGUCAGGCAACAUUGUGAAAGGAUACAAUGCGUGUCCUAUUUGUCUUGAGCAUACCAAACCUCAUAGGCUGGGUCAUGGUAAGAAGAUGUCGUAUCAGUGGCAUCGAAGAUUCUUACCACAUCACCAUCCUUAUCGAAGACAGGCAACAGCUUUUGAUAACACUGAAGAAGUUGACCCCGCUCCUGUUCCAUUAAGUGGAGAGGAGGUGUUGAAAAGAGUAGAAGGUUUAACCAGACCUUUUGGUAAAAACCACACUCAUCCUCCAUAUAAGGGUGUUGAAGAUCAGAACAGACCUUGCUGGAAGAAGAAAUCAGUUUUUUUCCAACUUGAGUACUAG